AUGGACAGCGGUCUCAAGCUCCACGGGACCCUCCCGGACGAGGUGCUCCACCACGUGCUCUCCUUCCUACCGGCGCAGGAGGCUGUCCGGACGUGCCUGCUAGCCCGGCGAUGGCUCCACCUCUGGAAGUCUGCCACCGGGCUGCGCAUUGGCGAAGACGAUAUCUAUCUGCGCUGCGUGAAGGACAAUAAGGAGUUUCUCGACCGUCUGCUGCUACUCCGUGAUGGCGCACCUCUCGACACGUGCGUGCUAAGGUUCCGUUGGCUCGAUUGGUACAGAGACGAGGGCCUCGAUGACACAGUACGGGUGAACCACUGGUUCAGGCAUGCUUUGCUCCACAAGUUUAUUUUCAAAAGGGAUUUGGAAUGGUGCCCAACAUUUACCAAGUUAAAGACUUUGUUACUCAAUGAAUACUGGUGUGUGCCUGAUGAUUUUAGUGCACUAUCUUGCAUUCUUGAACAUGCACUGGUUCUAGAGAAUCUCAUUCUUCAGAUCUAUUCCAAGUUUUUAGUUGUAAGGAAAUCGAGAUUUUGGAAGGAUAUGACAAUGACCAGGACGAAGUGGAGGAAGAUGAAGAUGAGAACUCUCACGAAGACGAAGAUGAAGACUCUUUUGGAGACCCUUACGAAGAAGAAGAUGAAGAGGAAGACGAAGACGAAUAGGAAGAGGAAAAUGUUUGAUGCACCACUGUUUUGAUUAUUCAGAAGGUUGAGACCACAAGGAUGAUGCCAUGGUGUUUUAUUCUCUCCGAGUAGCUUAAAGGGCGGACUUUUGGAUUUGUAAUGAGUUACCUUCUACCUGGUAGCAGUUCGAUGUUUUUUUAAUUUUUGCUCAUUUGACCAUGCAGUCCUCUGUACCGAUCAACCAAUGAGACAUCGUAUGGUAAGCAGGUGCCUAGUAUCCCUCAUGCAGCUGAUAAAGUCCAAUAUUACAUUAGAGUAACUGCAAACGUCAUAUAAUCCCUGAAAGCAUUUGCUC